UAAAAUUUUCGAUUAACUUAUCGAUAAAUAUAAAUAUUUUGACACCUUUUGCAAAAUUGCAUGAAAACAAGAAACAUAUUUUGCGCGGGACUUCUGUUAAGGUUGUUGACUAGACAGUUACUAAACACUGUAAUCAUGUCUAGCGAAGGGAGUUUGAGCUCCAAGUGGACGCGGCCAGAUGAUUUUAUAAAACUACAAAGAUUAAAGCAAAAGAAGAAACAACUAGCGGCACGUGUGAGCAGCAACAACAAUAAGCGUCCCGAAUUGGAUGAGAACGAUGAGUGCAAGCUGCUGGAAGCCAAAAUAGCCCAAAAGCGCAAAAACCCAUUUGCCAAAUUCGCAGAUGGCGCCAAAAAGCAAAAACAUGAUGAACCACACGUUUCAAGUAUUUCCGAUGUUCAAACGUCAUUGACCAACAAUUUAACCUGCUUUACCUCAAAAAAACACUCGCCACCCGCCACAUUAGUGCUACAGAAAUUUGAUGCCCAGGCUUUUGCCAAACUAUUGCACCAGGCAAAGGUCACACAAGCUGAUGAGGAAACUGAUGCUGCACUAGCUGCUCGGCAAAAGCAUACAUCACAUCUGCCCAUAGACUGGUGCCUUAAGACGCGGGUGCGGAUUUUCUGUCCUACAGAACUGCCCGCUACGCAGCUAAAAACUUCACAACUGGCCAGCGGAUUGACAAGCUUUGUGCGUUGCUUCGACACGUAUCAUACGGAGAGUACGUUGGACAUAUCAGAUGCCACGCGAUUUAAUCAAUGCACCUACUAUUGGCAACAUCCUCAUUUGCCCUGGUUAACGCUUUAUCCACGCAGUGCUAAAGAGAAUAACGGCAUCACAAUUGGCGAGCGGGAGCGCAAAGCUCUAGCAGAAGAGUGGGAUUAUAGCUUUCGCGGACUUUUCCAACUUCUGCGAGCACGUCAGUGCCCGUACUUUUAUUUGUGCGCUAACUCUUUCACUGUGCUCUUUCGAGCAGCGGGCAGUGGUGGACGCGCAGAAACACAUGCCCUUGUUACACCAUCUACUCGCGGUAUGCGCAGCGCUCUCCGACAAGAAGGCAUUGAGUACAGCAUGCCACUCAAACAGCAGGAUGCAGCAUAUGGUGUCGCUUCGAAUAGCAGCUUUACAGAAGAGAGCGAGGGAAACAUAAUCGAUGGCCCGACAAGCGUUACGGUAGCUUAUGGCCAGGCCGAAGAUGAGCUCAUUUCCGACCAGGAUGAUGACGAUGAUGCUUGGCUGGAAAGCUUGGGCGUGGAUGAGCGCGAAUUACGGCGCAUACAAACCACACACGCGAGGAGAUUGCAGGCAGCCGAAAUGAGCGAGGAUUUUAGUGAUAAUUCGCUGCUUCUGAUCGAAGGUGUAGAGUGCCAAGGAUUCUUCAGCUACUUGCUGAAUGCCAAGAGUACAAUCACCAGCGUUGGUCGUUUGGCAGGUGUCCCGCCUACGCUUCUGGCCCCCGUAGCCUUUCCAAAAGCGACGAUGCAGAAUUUGCUGCCGCGCUCCAAAAAAGUGCGGCUUGACGGUGUCGAUUACUACAGCAUUGAUAUCAAGGGACUGUUGCUGCCCACAUUCCUGCCUAGCGUUGCAAUGUUGUUGUGCGAAACGCGUCAGGCGUUUAGUGCCACGCUGGCCAGUAGUAUUAAUACUCUGGCUUUUACCAAAGCUACGCAGAAACUGUUGGAGAUCACGCCCGCCGAAUCUAAGGCGGCGGAACAAGAGGCUGGCGUCUCUGGGCAGGUUUUUGGAGAGCAAAAUCUUUCAGAGUGUGGCCUACUGCCUGCCGUAGUUGGUGCCAUCUGCAGGACAGGUCAACAUGCCGUUGGCCUACUGGAACGUUUCUGCUAUCAGCAGGGCGAGGGGUAUGCCUGGAGCUGACUUCAUUUGCAUCUUUUUCUUU